AUGGCGGAGGCCUCUUCGGCAGCCGCGACGGCCGCCGUCUCCCAGCACCGCUUCUUCUGCCACAGCUGCAAGGGCGAGGUCAGCCCCAAGCUGCCGGAAUACACGUGUCCCCGAUGUGAAUCUGGCUUUAUUGAAGAAGUAACAGAUGACUCCAGUUUUUUAGAAGGCAACAGCAGCGGCACCGAUGAAAGUCCUUCCACCCCAUUCGCAGAGUUCUGGGACCAGCUGGACCGCUCCAUGGUCUUUCCAUUCCUGAGCAGCUCUCUGGACCACAAUGGCAGAGACAACGAGAGGGGUCACCAGGCCCACGCGGACCUCUGGGGACCAAGCCGACCUCCCCGGCUGCCCAUGGCCCGGAGGUAUCGGCCCCGCCUCAGCACCCGGCCAGAUCGCUCCCCGGCCAUCGAAGGAAUAAUACAGCAGAUCUUCGCCGGCUUUUUUGCAAAUUCGGCAGUGCCCGGAUCGCCUCCUCCAUCUUUCUCCUGGGGAGGCGUGCAAGGCAGACUGCACUCUAGCUUUGGGGACUACGCGUGGGACCAGAGCGGCCUCGAUGCUGUCUUGACCCAGCUUAUGGGGCACUUGGAAAAUACAGGGCCUCCCCCUGCUGAGAAGGAGAAAAUUUCUUCCCUCCCUACAGUGACCGUCACUCAGGAACAAGUGGAUACGGGUUUGGAGUGUCCCGUGUGCAAAGAAGACUACACUGUGGCGGAGCAGGUCCGGCAACUCCCGUGCAAUCACUAUUUCCAUAGCAGCUGCAUUGUGCCAUGGCUGGAACUGCACGACACGUGUCCCGUGUGCCGGAAGAGUUUGAAUGGGGAGGACUCCGCCCAGCGAGCCCCGAACACGGAGGCCUCCACCAGCAACUCCUUUAGCAGCCCAGGCCACCUGCAUGACCGAUGGACUUUCUGAGGCCUCCCCAGGGCCGGCGGGAGAGAGAAGGGCAGCUGAAGCCUGUGGCACUCUUGACUACAGUUGUAAAUUGUACGAUAACUCAACUACACAAGCAAGUAGCAAGAAGAGAGGAAGCGGGCCCAAGCAGCAUUCACACACACCCCAUCGAAGCCUGCCCUCCCCCUUUCUGAAAAGCGGUCCCCGAGGAACCAUUUCUUGAACCUCCAGGUCUGUAGGGGCUACUUGCAGGGGUGGGAGUGGCGUCCAUUAAAGCGUGUGGACCUUCUCCUCCGAUAGCUGUACUAAUUGCUGGCUGGCUGUCCACGUAACACCCUUACCUGGAAGUGGAUCGGGA